UAGAAAGAAGGUGUGAAUGAGUGAGUGUUUGGAUAUUUUUGUUUUGAUUCAUUAACUGGAUCAGAAGAGGGCGGUAAUGCACCAAGUUGUGGAUGCCAACCGCCGUAAAACCCCAAGAAGAAGAAGAAGAAGAAGCAGAAGACCAUUUCGGCUGAGUGAGAGAAGAAACAAGUUUGGAGGUGCGUGUUUCCACAGACGUUCCCAGCUACAGGGGGAGAGUGUGGAGGCGUUCGUGAGACAUCUUUAUGAACUGGCUGAAUACUGUGACUUUGGAAUAGCAAAGGAUGAACACAUAAGAGAUCGCAUCGUCGUUGGAAUACUCGAUAGCGAAUUGUCGCAGAAGCUUCAACUGGAAUCGGAUUUAACUCUGGAAAAAGCAAUCAGCAUGACUCGUCAAUCCACCCCCCCCUCAACCCCCAAUAAAAAAAACAGCCGUGACAUGGGUCUACUAACUGCCGCAGUCGUUGGUACACUUGGUGCUGGUGGUGCCGUGGUCGCUGCCCCUUUCGUUCUGGGGGCCGCUGGCUUCACCGCGGCCGGAAUCACCGCUGGGUCAUAUGCUGCAGGUAUGAUGUCAGCAGCUGCCGUAGCGAAUGGAGGUGCGGUGGCAGCGGGCUCCACAAUGGCCGUGUUGCAGUCACUAGGUGCGGCUGGUCUGGGAACAGCUGCUACUGCUGCAGUUGCUAGUGUUGGGGGAGGAGCUGCACUGGCUCUGAAAGGAGCUGUAAAUGGUAUAAAAUCUUUUUUUUGGUGAAUUGUGUACAAGUAAUUCAUCAAGUUUCCCCAUGUGCAUUAACAAUCCUUGAAUGAAGUGAGUGACUAUCAUUUUAUGUGUCAGUUGACCUUGUUAAACAGAAUUGCUUGAUGCUAACAAGAUUAAUGUAGCCAUCUAAACUAAAUCCCAUUUAAAAAAACAACAACACCACAACACUAGACAACACAUUAAGAGAGAGAGAGGGUGGAAGAUGGCAGAGGAUGAUUUGUCAGAUGUUGUAGGUGGUCCUGAAGAGGCUAGGGGUGGCAAUGGCGAAGGCUCUGUCCCCCAGGGUGCGGUACUGGGUCCUGUUGAUUGGGGUGAGAAGGUUGGCAUCAGCGGGGAGUGGCGAAUGGCGAUGGAGGAGAUCUGUUAUGUACGAGGGCGCAAAGUUGUUUAGCGCUUUGAAGGUGGUGGGGAGGAUCUUGAAAUUGAUGCGUUGUUUUAUGGGAAGCCAAUGAAGUUGACGGAGGAUGGGAGUGAUGUGUUCUCUGGAGGGGGGAGUGAGUAAGUAGUCGGGCAGCAGAGUUUUGUACACAUUGUAGUUUUUGAAGAAUAGGGGAGGGAAGGCCAUACAGAAUGCUAUUCCAAUAGUCGAGUCUGCAGGUGAUGAAGGCGUGGAUUAGUGUUCCGGCAGCUGAGGAUGUGAGAGUGGGUCGAAGGCGUGCAAUGUUGCGGAGCUGGAUGAAGGAUGUUUUUCUGACAUUGUUUAUGUGGGACUUGAAGGAGAGCGUGGGGUCCAUGAUGAUGCUGAGGUUUCUGACCAGGGGGGAGGGAGUGACAGAGUGACCAUCGAUGCAAAGUGAGAAGUUCUGGGAGGUGGGGAGGAUGGAUUUUGGGCCAAAGAUGAUCAUUUCAGUUUUAUUGCCGUUGAGUUUGAGGAAGUUGUGGUUCAUUCAGGUUUUGAUGUCAGUGAGACAGUUGGUGAGUGGAGAGGAUGGCAGGAGUAAUGGCUGUGGUGGUGAUGUACAGUUGGGUAUCGUUGGCGUUACAUUGAAAUUGAAGACCUUGGGAGGCGGAUGAUGUGACCUAGUGGGAGGAUGAAGAGGAUUGGGCCAAGCACUGAGCCUUGGGGGACUCCAUGUGAGACAGGGAUGGUGUGGGACUUGUGGUUGUUGAUGGAGAUGUAUUGGAAUCUUUCAGACAGUUAAGAGGUGAACCAGGAGAGGGCAAGGAGUCAGUGAUGCCAAUGGAUUGCAGACGGCUGAGGAGGAUGGAGUGAUUGACGGUGUCAAAGGCAGCACUGAGGUUGAGGAGGAGGAGAAUAGUGAGGGAGCCGGAGUCAGAGAGAGUAGGAGGUCGUUGGUGACUUUAAGUAGGGCUGUUUCAGUACUGUGGUGGGAACGGAAGCCGGAUUGGAAUGUUUCGUACAGGUUAUUGGAGAGGAGGUAUCGCUUGAGUUGUGUUGCGACGCCUCUUUCCAGUCAUUUUGAGAGGAAUGUGAGGUUGGAGAUGGGUAUGAAGUUGUUGGUGUCGUCUGAGUCAAGGCCAGGUUUUUUAAGGAGGGGGUGAUGGCAGCAAGCUUAAGAGGUUGGGGAACGGUGCCAAAGUUUAGGGAGGAGUUGAUGGUGUCUGUGGGGCAAGAGAGGUGAAACAGGCUUUGACAAGUUCAGAGGGCAUGGGGUCCAGGGGGGAGGUGGAGGAUUUCAUGGUGGCGAGUAUUUGAGAGGUCUGCUAUGGUUAUGGACGAGAAGAUGGAAAGUCGGUGGUCAUGCAAUUUUAUAAGGUUAAAUACCAGGCCUUAAUGAAGUUAGGCGUAUAGUGGCUCAAUUUCUGAGUUGUCUUGAACACAGUAAGAGUAGAGCUGGAUAGUUAGAUCCCCUUUGCUAUAAUGCUGUAACAAAGACAAUGCUACACACCACCUAGGUGACUUCUGGGCACCUCCAGGUAAGGGCACAGGAUUAUGAUGGAAAACCGGUUUAGUGUAACAGUUUGCAGACAAUGAUACCGGACCUACUGUUCCGUGUCGCCAUGUAGGAGACCUUCCUGAGUGUGUGUGGCGAUGGCUGGUUUAACAUGGGCACACUGAUUGCUCAAUGCGCAACAGGUGUGCAGGGCUCACCUGCUCCCAGAGUCUAAUCAUACUGACACAUCAUCCUCACACACCCCAUCCUCACAGACUACAAAUGCAUUUUAGAACAUGAAAAUAACUUAUUUGGUGCGGAAACGAACGCUCUCCUACAUCGUAAUGUGCCGUUGCAAUCAAGGGGGUAAUUGAAAUUAAUCUGAUUUACCCUCCCAAACAGCCUUAUGCUUUGCUUAUACAUGACAGCAAAUGUACGCACUGAAAGAUCUACAGAGCUUGUUCUCAGGCGUUGGUAAACAUUUCGAUGACAAGACGUCUUGUCUAAAAGUCGGCUAAAAGUUUUCACCUUAGUGAGGUGAGGUUAGUUGAAUCAACACAUUGAUUGAUAUAAAAUGAGCAAGUAUAAUUUAUGGCUGUAAUCCAGUUUUUUGUAAUCCAGUAAUCCAGACCUUGUCAUAAAUUAUGCUGUGCUUGAGUUAAGGUGCAGAUCACCUGUUUGACAUCCAAAUUAAAAAGCUGUUUUCUUUUGGCAAUCAACAAUUAUUGGUUAUUCUGUCUUGUAUUUAUACAUUACUUAUCUAUUAUUGUAUUGUAUGACAAUGUUUAUAUGUGAAGCACUUUGAGUCUGCCUUGUGAAAAGUGCAAUAUAAAUAAAGUUGCCUUGCCUAAAA